AUGGGGAAAAAUGUUCCCGUGUCAAGUUCUCGUUCUUUUGAGAUACAUCUUUUCCCUGGUCCCCUUACAAUGCAGCAAUUAAUCAACUGUGUGGACAGAAAAAUAGAAAGCAGGUUUUGCUGGACACCGAGCCCAGCGCAGUUAGAAUGCCGCGGAAGCUGGAGCCGCACCUCGCGCGUGGCGCCCCGGGCCAGCCGGGCCCCUCAGAUGAGAGCUGCACCCAGGCCAGCACCAGCAGCUCAGCCGCCAGCUGCAGCCCCGCCAGCUGCAGUGGGCUCACCUGCUGCAGCACCCCAGCAGCCAGGUCUCAUGGCCCAGAUGGCGACCACUGCGGCAGGUGUGGCUGUGGGCUCUGCUGUGGGGCAUACACUGGGCCAUGCCAUCACAGGAGGCUUCAGCGGAGGGAGUACUGUGGAGCCCUCAAAGCCCGAUAUCACCUACCAGGAGCCUCAAGGAACCCAGUCAGCGCAGCAGCAGCAACUUGGUGGCCCUUGCUUUUAUGAAAUAAAACAAUUUUUGGAGUGUGCCCAGAACCAGGCUGAUGUUAAGCUCUGUGAGGGUUUCAAUGAGGUGCUGAAGCAGUGCAGAAUUGCUAACGGAUUAGUCUAAUUGAGAGGCUCAAAUUGAAGAAAUGGAAAAUCGGCUCUGAUGACCAAGUAACUUUAGCAUACAAAUGUAAUCGAUAGUGAAAGUAUGAAAUGUAAGACUGCAGUGUAAAUCCUCACCUAAUAGCUUCAAUGUUUCUGAAUGGCAGCAAAAGAGAGUUCUAAUUGUGUGGAAGUUCAGUGAGUUGGUUCAGAUUUGGGACUGGUCAGAUGUUUGUGUGCCCUCCUUAAGCCAGCUGUUCUGAUGUCCUUUGAGUUUAUUAGAAUAAAGUGAUUUUCUCCUG